UGGAGCUAACCCUUAAAUGUAGGACCACGAUCCUGAAGCACAGCAAGAAGCUGUUGCUGAUGAAGGUGACAGCCAGACUCAACAGAACAGUGAUAAAUGGGCAGUAGGCAAAGUGCACAGAAAGGCACAAUUCGUCAGGAACUACAGUCUCAGAGAUAUAAUCUCACCUACUGCAGAUGGAGACUUUUGUCCAUGUUGUGAAGAGCCAACUAAUGCUCAAAGAUUUAGCUGGAUGUGUGACAUCUCAGACCUCAAGAUUUUAGGAAUAGGGUUCCCUUUGUACUUCCAACUUAAGAAAUUUAUGAUGAUUCUUUACGUUGGACUCUUCAUAGUAGUUUGAUUGCCUUGAUGAUAUUUCAACUUCAUUGAAGCUUCAAGGACAGAUAGCACCUAUCGAUUCUUGAGUGCUCUUACUAUAGGGGUUCACAGUGUUCAAAGUUUGAAUGAUGACCCAGAUUUGAUCUUUCCCCAAUUGAUGCUUAACUCCUCUGCUAUUGUGAUGGUGGCAUUGCUGGCUCUUUGUUUCAGAUGCUUCCAGAACAAAAUGAUUAAGAAAUCAGGAAUCGACCCUCUUUUUGCUGAAUCUUAUAACUUAUAAUGGUCAGUGGCAUCCCUAAAGAAGCAACUCAGGAAGAAAUCCAAAAAGGUUUUGAAAAAGUAUUUCCAAGAGAGCAUGCUAUUCAGCAGCCAGUUUUAUGCUAUGACAUUCCGAAACUGAUGAAAUUCGCAAAUCCUGCUUACAAACAGAAAAGGAAAUGCUUUUUCUUCUUCAAGUCAGGCAAACCAAUAAAGAACCUCGAUGAAGAAAUGGAGCUUGUGGCUAAUAAAUUAGCACGUGUAGAGCAUCGAGAUGAAGUACUUCAUGAGUACUUUACUGGCCAUGUCAUUUUGCCAUUUAAUAAGAUCGCAGAUGCUUACUAUUGCUAUGAAGUCUAUAACCCGAAUCUUACAGCUCUGUUAUAUCAAUACCUUUCUAAAUUGCUAAGUUGCUGCAAGAGAGACAUCAAGAAGAUCAAGAUCAGAGGGAAGACAGUCACAGUUAAGCUAGCUCCUUCUCCAAACGACCUUAUUUGGGAGAAUAUAGCAACAAGAGCUUGCAACAGAUUCUUUAGGAUUUUAGUAUCCUCUUUACUUACACUGAUAGUACUGGGAGUCUCUGUUGGAGUAAACUACUCCCUCACUCUUUGGGGAGACUCUCUUGAAAGAGAUGAGUCAAGCAGAAGUUGGGCAUUCAUGAUGAAUGUAUUAUCAUCCUGAGUGACUAUUUUCUUCAAUGAAAUCAUGAGUCUUAUGAUUACUUACCUCUCAAAAUACGAGAAGUCUCAAACGUACACUGUGUUUCACUUGUCGAUGGCAAUUAAGAUUUCAGUGUUUAGUUACCUCAACACAGUGGUGAUUCCCAUCAUCAUACAUAUAAACAGGAUAAAUUGGUUUGACUCAGAAGGGCUGAUAACCACAAUUACAUUCAAUAUGCUGCUGAUUUCAUUCCUUGACCCUAUCAUGUUCGGCAUCAGUUUGAAAUCUGUGAAAGACUGGUUGAUAAAAUGGUAUUCUCAUAUGAAAAGUGACUUGAAUUUGACUCAGGAACAGAUAAACAAAAUUAGGGAGCCAAGGGAGAUUGAAAUUUAUAAGAAGUAUGCUAAUACUACACUGCUUGUAUCUAUGACUCUGACUUUCAUGUUUAUGUACCCUUACAUCAUUGUGUUUGCAUUCUUUGGCAAUAUCCUGCAGUAUGCAGUAGAGAAGUUAGUCCUUGUGAGAUUUUGCAAGAUUCCUCAGAACAUAGGGCCAUUGAUAGCAAAGAAUUUUAUUUAUGCGAUACCCAUAAUGCUCUUCUUACACUCUCUGGUAACAUUCUACGUGCAUUAUAGGCUGACUGACGACAUUGAAAACUCUGUGAUUCCUCUAUUAACAAGUGCAGUUAUACUUCCCCUUACAUAUCUGUUAUUUGGGUGCUUCUCAAGAGUCAUUGAUUACAAUGGAGGAGACCAGAACAGGCAAAUGAAGAUUCUGUUCAAGUACGAUUUCGACACUUCAAAUCCUGUAACAAUGCAUGCACAAAGAAUGAAGAAGAAUCUGCUUCAGAUGGCUGUGCAAGGCUGCUCACAAGAGCUAAUCGUCCAAAGGACAAGAGAACUUAUGCAUAGACCCCAACUCUUCCUUAACGAUGCUGUUUCGAUGAGGAAGUUUUGGAAGAGAAUUCUGGAACUCAGGAAGUCUUACCAGGGUAGACAUCUUGAAAGAGAGGAUUUGAUCGAUUUCGCUAUUAAUAUCUCAGAUAUCCUUGAUGGAUGCGAGAUCAAUGAGCCAGUGAGACCUCUUCAAGACAGACCACCAGCUAUAGAAGAAGAAAAAAUAAAUUUGAGUCAUUCUGAAGAGAAUAAUGAAGAUUCUAAUGUUACACAAAAUGGUAUAAAUCAAGAACCUCAGUUAGAUCGUGGUCAAAGAAGAUUUCACAUUCAGAAUGCCAUCAGAAGGAAUCAAUCUGAUAGGUUUGAUAGUUCACUAGGAAACUCUCUUGAUGAAAGUAGUCAAGAGGCCGAUAUUUAGCUUGGGGGUCAGACCAGAAGGAGCUCAAGUUGAGAGAAGAGAAGAGAAAAAAGAAUUCAUUAAUUCUGAAGAGAGCUCAAUGGACGGUCUAAGGGCAAAUGGUCAAAUUAUACAUGAACUAUUCAAAGAUGGGCAUUCUUCCACAACUAUAGCCUCUCAGAAUGGAAGGAUUAGAGAAGGGUUCAGUCAAAGGAUAACAGAAGAAACCAAGCAGACCUGAAUUGGCCUUGAGGGUAAUCCCUACCAAGAUGACCUAGACGGAGAGUCAGACCCUGCAGAAAUAGAUCAGUUUCCUAAUAAUCCAGUAUUUGAGCGUGAAAUUUGACUUGUAAGAAAUGCUAUCAAAGCAGCAGCUGAUAUUUCUGAACCUUCAGAGUAUGCUCCUUCUAAUACAGAAUAAUUUUUGAUCAGUU